UUUUAAAUUGGCCAGAGAGCCAUCCCUUAGCGCCAACGCAAGUCAUAAAAGGGGGGAUGCGACAGGCUGUGACUGAAAUCAUUCAGGCAGCAAUAUUUCCUCGGAUGGACACGAUGCUGCUGCCGACGCCGUACUUUAGACAGGUGCGGCGGGGGGGAAGAGACCAGAGCAAAUUUAAGGAGUUGUGUGGACUACUCCACACUGCGGUGGGAAACCUUUGUGAGCUUUCCUAGAACAGUCUUUUUUGAAUGUGGAUUGGGAUUAAUUUCUGCAGGCCAGGAAGACGCUUUCGAGGUCAUAAAUGCUCAUGCUGAAGCCCACGCCUCAAAGCACACGAUCGCCACUAAUACCGAGUCCGAGGCCUUCGCAAAGUUUCUGAGAGGGUUCGAGGAAAGAUGGAAAGACAAUGUCGAGAGUUGUAUGGAUGGGAGUGCAACUAUAGUGAUAGAUACAGGCUGGGCGUUUAGCGAGUUGGUGAGUUCUGAGGUGGGCAGGGCCACUGUUACCGAUUAGAUGACAAUUAUAGCCCUCAGCUUUCUAUGGAACCGGAAUCCGUUAGUGCUCUAGGGUUUGCUUGUGCACUCACACGCCGUUAUCCCAGACGGCCAAGAUCUCAGGGAUCUGUCCGGUACAGUAGGUUAUCUGGAACAACAAGCCAAGUUUUGCUGUAGAAAAUAUUGGAAUUCACAAUAUUUCAUACGGGACAGCAAGGUAUCCCGAUUAUAGAGAUCUGGAACACCCGGGUUUCGGUGUAUGUUAUUAUAUAAAUCAAUAAUUUUUGAGAUGACUGGCAAAAUGAGCACACGUGCCGGGAUAUGAGAAACUUUACCCCGAAAUAGCAAAAAAAAAUAGAAAGGAAAUGCGCAGCAAACUGGAAGGUAAUUGGAAGGUAAUAAUUACCCUUCCUAGCAGCUUCCUCGAGACUUAGAAGGCCUGUUCCAAUUAUCAAAAUAUUAUCUGCGCAGGGAGG